GGAAAACACCGCCAAGUUCUCAUAAAGCAUUAUGGGUACUUUUCCUCUCUCUUUCCGGCUAGUACGCCAUCAAGUGAGGCAUCAUGGGAGCGUACAAGUACAUGCAGGAGUUAUGGAGGAAGAAGCAGUCUGAUGUGAUGCGGUUUCUGCUCCGUGUGCGGUGUUGGCAGUACCGUCAGCUGUCCUCUCUUCACCGGACUCCUAAACCCACCAGACCCGAUAAAGCCCGCAGACUGGGAUACAAGGCCAAGCAGGGCUACGUCAUCUACCGUAUACGUGUGCGCCGUGGUGGUCGCAAGCGCCCCGUUCCCAAAGGUGCCACCUACGGCAAGCCUGUGCAUCAUGGUGUUAACCAGAUCAAGUUUGCACGCAGCCUGCAGUCAACUGCUGAGGAGCGUGCUGGCCGUCAUUGUGGAGGUCUGCGAGUGCUCAGCUCCUACUGGGUGGGUGAAGAUUCCACAUACAAAUUUUUCGAAGUGAUCCUCGUCGACAUCUUCCACAAAGCCAUCAGACGCAACCCCGACACUCAAUGGAUCACCAAGGCCGUGCACAAGCACAGAGAAAUGCGUGGGCUCACAUCUGCAGGCAAAAAGAGCAGAGGUCUUGGCAAGGGCCACAAGUUCCACCUCACCAUCGGUGGAUCUCGUCGCGCUGCCUGGAGGAGACGCAACACCCUGCAGCUGCACAGAUACCGUUAAAGAAUGUGUGCUGCGGCUGUACAUUUAUUCAAAUAAAGUACCUUUGUUAUGGUCA